AUGCCGCCCCAGCGCACCGUCUCGAACCCUUCCACCUCUUCGUCCCAGUACCCGCCCAGCCGGCCGAGCUCUAGCAAGCCUGGAACACCAGCGAAUGGCUCGAGCGCCAACUCGAGCUUAAUCCUGAGGAGGCAGCUUAUAGAACUGCAAAAGAAGCCAGUCGACGGCUUCUCGGCUGGUCUGGUCGAUGAUGAUAAUAUCCUGGAGUGGCAGAUUGUCAUCAUGGGUCCCACUGAUACGUUGUACGAAGGAGCUAUACUGAAAGCUCGCUUAAUCUUUCCUCCAGAGUACCCCCUGUUGCCACCCAGGAUGGUGUUCGACUCUGAAAUGUGGCAUCCGAAUGUAUACACGUCCGCCGAUAAGAGAGGCGAGGUCUGCGUUUCGAUAUUGCAUCAACCGGGAGAUGACGAGUGGGGAUACGAAGAUGCAGGAGAGAGGUGGUUGCCUGUGCAUACUGUCGAGAGCGUCCUCGUUUCGGUCAUUUCCCUCUUAUCGCAGGACGUACCAGAUCUCAACUCGCCUGCGAAUGUCGACGCUGCCAAGGAGGUGCGAGAGGACUUCCCAUCGUACAAGAAGAAGGUCAAGCGCUUAGUACGCCGAUCGGCCGAGGAGGCAUACGAAUAG